AUGCGGAUUGCGUGCGGCACGGGAGUCCGGCCCGCUCGGAAGCUUCGUCGGGUCAUCGCUCGGAACACGAUAUCCGGGAUCCCAACGAUCUGUACUUUCACGUUGGAACCCCGCCAAGUCCUAGCACCGACUCGGAAUCCUCACCGACGCACUCGGAGCUCCACACCCAAGCUUCAUCCGAUUUCGAAUGAUUUCACCCUUCACAGUCACUCAUUUUGCCAACUCAUCCUCAACUCGCACCUGUAUCUCAUUCCCAAGCCAAACGACCAGCGCACCCUCAAUCCCUUGCCUAGGCACAAAGACGACCGUGGAUCUCUCCAACUGCUGACCUCGUCGACCAACCUGGAUCAAACGCGCGCAAAGAAAGUAAAGAAAGAGCAAAUUAGACCCCGACCGACCGUACCUCCUCCUCAAGCAUCCACAAACGUCCUUCUCUUAGUCACGCUCCUCAGGAAGCUUGGAGCCAACUUCCUCUCAUGA